UUUUGUCUUUCAUUAGCCUAAUAUUCUUACAUCAUGGGUUUCCGGGUACUACACCUCGUACGGCCCUUUAUGGCUGUCCUUCCUGAAAUCGCGACACCUGAUCGCAAGAUUCCCUUUAACCAAAAAGUGAUGUGGACUGCUGUCACGCUAUUCAUCUUCUUGGUCAUGUCACAAGUUCCUCUGUAUGGAAUCAUGUCAUCAGAUUCUUCUGAUCCUCUGUUCUGGAUGAGAGUCAUUCUUGCCUCUAACCGUGGUACCUUGAUGGAACUCGGUAUUACUCCUAUUGUUACUUCUGGAAUGAUUAUGCAACUUCUCUCUGGCGCCAACAUUAUCGAGGUCGACUAUAGUUUGAAGGAAGACAGAGCACUGUUCAGUGGAGCACAAAAACUGUUUGCCAUGAUCAUUGCUUUUGGCCAGGCUGCUGUUUCGGUUCUGACAGGUCUUUACGGUAGCCCCAAGGAAAUUGGUGCUGGUGUCUGUUUGUUGUUAGUCAUCCAGCUCGUCGUGGCUUCCUUGAUCACCAUGCUCUUGGACGAAUUGCUCCAAAAGGGCUACGGUCUUGGUUCAGGUAUCAACCUUUUCAUUGCCACAAACAUCUGUGAGACCAUCUUCUGGAAGGCUCUUUCGCCGACCACGAUGAACAACGGCAGAGGCGACGAAUUCGAGGGUGCCUUGAUUUCUCUUGUCCACCUGAUGAUCUCCCGCAAGGACAAGACCCGUGCGUUGAAAGAAGCAUUCUACAGAACCAAUCUGCCUAAUGUUAUGAGCCUCGUGUCUACUGCGGCCAUCUUUGCGGUCGUCAUCUACCUCCAGGGAUUCCGUGUCGAGCUUCCUGUCAAGUCUAACCGUGUACGUGGACAGCGCGGUACCUACCCCAUCAAGCUUUUCUACACAUCCAACAUGCCUAUCAUGCUCCAGUCGACCAUGACAUCCAACAUUUUCAUGAUCUCCCAGAUGCUUUAUAAGCGUUUCGAGACCAAUAUCCUUGUCCGAAUUCUUGGUGUCUGGGAGCCCUUUGAGGGAUCCUCGCAGCUGUUUGCUUCGGGCGGUUUGGCAUACUACCUCUCUGCUCCUCGCAGCAUGACCGAUGCUCUCCUGGACCCAAUCCACACCGUGAUCUACAUUGGCAUCAUGCUCACCGGCUGUGCUCUGUUGUCCAAGACCUGGAUCGAAGUAUCUGGAUCAGCUCCACGUGAUGUUGCUCGUCAGCUCAAGGACCAGCAGCUCGUGAUUGCCGGUUACCGUGAUACUUCGAUGUACAAGGAACUCAAGCGUGUUAUCCCAGUUGCUGCCUCGUUUGGUGGUGCCUGUCUUGGAGCUGUAUCUGUCUUGGCUGAUAUGGUUGGUGCAAUUGGUUCUGGCACUGGUAUUCUGUUGUGUGUCACCAUUAUUUUCCAGUACUUUGAAAUGUUUGUCAAGGAACAAAUGGAAAAUGGCGGUGGUAUGGAGGGCAUGGUAAUGGCCCAGUAAAAAAAAAAUCAAUAGAGCAACGUCUAUCAUCCUUAUUUUUUUUUUUAUAAUAAUUUUUCUUUCUGGUAUCCUUUUUUUUCCCCUUUCUAUUUUCUUUGCAUGUAUCUAUACACAAACACACACAAACGCACAUAUACACACACACACACAGUCAGACACUCAGUCAGACAGUCAGUCAGACAUUUAAAUAAAGAGAAGAAGAGAAGAUUAAUGGAUAAAAAGAAAAAACAAAUACCAGCCCUUUUUUUUCUCUUUCUUUCUACCAUAUACAUUUAAUAACAUUUCUUCUUCUUCUUUAAAAAAUAAUGUUAAUAAUAAUUUACAAUGAAUUUGAAACGAGGACGUUUUUCUUCUUCUUUUCUGUUUGUUUUGGACAAAAUAUAUAUAAAAGACUCUCUUUUUUUU